CUGCUGACUCAUCACGCUUACAAGGUUCCACCGUUCUGAUGUGACAUACGUGGAAAUUAAGCUCAGCGUUCCCAUACAUUAGGGGACUGGCAUUUCUAACUUCCUUCUUCAAUUCCCACUCUAUCGCUCUUUUCCCCUCUUCCCCCCCCCUCCUAAUCUCCUCCCUAUACAUUUAAUAAAACUAUCAUCGCCAAAAUGGGGAAACUUGGGCUGCUGUCAGCUGUGCUGCUCUCGUUGCAAGCCGUCCUGGUUCGCGGGGAUUCUCCCGCUCAGCCUGCUGCUGAGGAAGUCAUAGCCCCAACAUUGAAUGUUAGCGUUUCGGCUUCUUUUCCCAACUCCGAGAUCUUCGGAGUGACGCUCGUAAACGGCAACCCGACUCAAGCUCUUCUCACCAUCUCCAACAAUGAACCUGAUCCAGUGACGUUGAACUUGAUCGCAGGAAGUCUAUGGACAGUUGAUCCUGCGGGAGAGCCUGUUCAGAAUGUCCGCAACCUCACUUCUUCCCGCUACGAUGUUGCGAUCCCCGCUGGGGGCCAGCACUCGACGGGAUAUGCCUUUGUCACUGAAAUGCAUCCCCAGGACUUGAGAUUGCAUCUGGCCGCCGUUAUCUCCAAUUCAAAUAGCAUGGCAUUUACCGUCCAGGCCUAUAGCGGCACCGUUAGUAUCGUCGAGCCGGAAACGAGCAUCUUUGACCCUAAAGUCCUCUUCCUCUGGUUCUUCCUCCUAUCCGCCUUCGUUGGCACCGUCUACUUCGCCUAUACCAUCUGGAUCGCUCCAUACUUCCCCCAGAAACGCAAGGGUGGCGACAGACCGAAGAAAUCUUUCGGACAGACCAAGAGCGAGACAUCUGAGCAUGCCUCCGUUUCUGGAACCGAAUCAACAGGUGUCGCGUCUGGAAAAACCUAUGACACUGAGUGGAUCCCUGCCCACCACAUUCACCGACCCGAGCCUCGAAAAGUGAAGAGCGGAGGCCGGGCGAAGCCCAAAGCUUAGUGCGAUCCUUUUGACCAGACAAUUACCUAUUUGGAUGAUAUAAUAUGCCUUCAAACGAUCUAUAUGGCGAUUGUCAUUUCUUUCCGGAGUCCGGUUAAAAAAGAAGAACAAUAGUUGAUAUAGUUUGGAACGGAUCCUCCAAAACCAGCGAUAACAAUAUGCGUCUUGUGGAGAGCUCCCUUGACCCAAACGGGAUUGGUAGCUUUCCGCGAUGCGACUUUGUAUUAGUACAUUUGGGUUCGGUAUCUUGUUCCUUUCUUUCCAUUUUAAAUUUGUAUUACUUAUCAAAUAAUAUAUAUUCGAUCUGGGUUCAUACGAAAGAGGAAGAAUAUUUCGUGGUGUUUGUUCGAUAUUCCCAUGGCAUCUUGAAAAUACAAUUUUUAUUAUUUACCCUAAGGUCCGCAAUUCUAUAGCAUCAAGCUAUGAUGAGAUGUUGAGCCAAUGUAUAUAAUUUACCUCCAGCAUACACGACGGAACCCUGAGUGAGGGAUUGGGAACAAUAAACAUUAAAAUAAAAAAAUUAUUAUUCGUCAGGCAAGCAUUGGUCAAAGUGCCCUCCAAGCUUGAAACUCCUCUUCCAGAUGGGCCUUCAGCUGCUGAAAUUUAUUGCCAAACAUUUUUCCGCACCUCCAGCACUUAAAAUCGAGCCUCAAAUACCCUUCCCUCCCCGGAUGCCUCCGCACAUCAUCCUCCGCCAACGGAAAAUCCUCAACAUCGACGAAAAAAGGGGUUGAAAAGCUAUUAUAAUGUCUCCGAUGUCUGAGGCAUGGGCUAAACCUAUCUACGGCAAGAACAUGUAUAUGCAAGUGGUUCAUAGAAGGGUGCGCAUGGAUGCCGCACAUAAUCUCCUUCUCCCAGUCGCGACCGGCUGGCAGUUCGUCGGGCGGUGGAUCCGCAUCCAUAGCUUGCUGGCGCGCGAUUUCUUGUGCGGAAGUUGUGCUGUACAUCCUCCGUAAUUCCGCAGCUGCUAGACGUUUUAAUUUCUUCGUCUCUUUUUGGACCUUCUGAAGGAAUUCUGGGUCUUCCAAAGCUUCGAAGGGGUGUAGGCGUGUUUUUGCUGGAUUGCGUGGUAGGAGGAGGAGGUGGAGCGAGGACUUGGGGUAGCGGUCAUGGACGGCAACGAAGUCAUCGUUAUAGUAGAGGACGACGGAAGGGGGAAACGCUGAAGGAUUUUCGAUAUAGGGGCCUAGGUUAUCACGGGAGUUGAAUACGUUUGAGAGCUUGUGAGAGGCGGAUAUUGGUUGUAGCGGCGGUUUGGUUUUGGGGGCCAUAAGUUCGGUAACUGCAAAACAGGGGUGAGAUAUCAGUUAUAAAUGGAUGGGAUGCUCAAAAUAAAUAUGGGAUAAUACAAGCAUUCCGGCUCUGCUCUGUUUGAUUUGAGGGCGCUUCUGUUUUAUGCUCCACUGGAACAUUUCCGGCGCUGGAGCUAUGCGAAGAGCUCUUGCUCAUCGGUUAAGGGGUCGGUUAA